AUGCGUUCAAUUGCUGAAACAGUUGAACUUAUUCAACAAAAUAUUCAACCUGAUAAACAAUAUAAAGAAAAUAUUCUUAAAAAUUCCGAAAUAGAUUCUCAAGGUUUACUACAAAUUGACGUUCGAAUUGUGCGAUUGGAAUAUCUACGAACAGUUUAUGUUAAUAAAAAGUGUUGUCAACUUAUUACUGUUAAUAAUGAAAGUUUUUAUGGAAGAAGAACAAAUGAAAAAAAAAAUUUUGGUUGUGAAAACAAUGAUAUUAUUCAAAACCUUGAACAAAUGAUAAAAGAUUAUACGAAAGAAAUAAAUUUAUUUAAACAAACAAUAAAAAAUGAAAAAGAUGCACUCAAACCUAAAGAUAUAUUUCCUUUAGUUGGAAGUAUUUAUCGAUUACCUAUCAAUGGAAAAAAAAUUCGCGAACAAACCAAUGCAUUAAAAAUAAGUCAAACUGAUAUUUCAUUAGAACAAGAAGUUUUUGCUGAACUAUCAGCUAAAGCUAAUUCAUCAACAAUAAUGCAUCAAUUCAAAUUCAUUAUUUCCAACAAAUAA